CAAACAAUGCACCGCAGGAUGUCCAGCAUUCGGGAGUACAAGUUUUUUCGCAGCUUUUCCGCCAAGAUCGAGAACUGGCACAUACGCAAAGCGGAAUCGCUGUGGAAAAAGAUGCGGGAAAGGAAAAUUGCAGGUAAAAUGGUAGUCCCCAGGCGGACAUCCCGAGCACUGUUGCAACGGGGUUUAAAAGAAUAGGAGACUUUGUCGGUUUGGUGGUGCGUGGGAGUCUCAUACCAUGGUCGUUGCUGGGAUGCGCGGCAUAGACACACUGCAAGGAUUACGCGGUGUGGUGGCUCUGUGUUAGGAUAAUGGAAUACGAAACCUGGCUAGAACAAGCAAGCAACAGCGACCAAAAAAAGGCACAGAAAAGCAACAAAAAAUCAUUUGUUGCUCUUCAUUGAGAGAGCACCGGAUGCCGAACGAUGCAUGUUGCCGUCGUUGGUGUGACUGUGACUGCGAGUGGGUGAGAAGCGAACAUUGUGAAGCUUCCAUCCGUUUCCAUCCACACCGCGACGGAUGCGAACAUAAGCGCCGGAGAUAAAGCAGCAAGUGGAAUUGAAUAUCAGUUUAAUUAGAGUGAGGGAGAACGAGACAUGCAACACAUGCAAAGAGAGAAAAAGAUAAGAAAUCACAGUCCACACACAAACAUUCCCAUACAUAUGUAUUUCCCUGGAGCAUGGUCGUAUGCACAGAAGGGUGAGCUUUAGCAUAGAUAGGAGGACUUGUGUUUUCCACCUCCUGUGCCAGUGUCUAUUUUUAAAUCGUCCUUCGUCCUUGUAUAUUGAUAAAUUGAUUGAUGAAUAGGUAUGCAAAAUUACAAAAAACGGGGAAAAAAGGUAAAAAAAAUACACUGAGUGGCUCACACAUUCCGUGCUUAUAACGGCUGACGCUGAUGGUGGCAAAAUGGGGCCAUUUGGAUGAACGUUGUAGCUUUCGUCUCGUGGAUGCUGUUCGGUUGGAUGUUCUGCUGUGGCCUAAGCCUUAGUUCCCUGAGCUAUUGGAAGAGAUGAAAGGAGCGCAGGAACAGGAGUGUGGGUUCGGGUUUAAAUAUUGACGAUCUGUAUUCACCAGACACGAGGAAAACCUUACAGCGUACUGGCGGGUGUAAGGGAGUAAAAAGGGAUUGAAUUCUGUAGUGCACGUCCACAACAAAGCAUAAAGAAAAAACAGAAAAAUAAUAUUUUAAAACCUUUCAACAGUGACACGGUACUGGGGGGGAAAGCUCAGUAGCUAUGUUUAAAGGGAGUUUUUACAUUCGAUAAAUGGACGUCAGUACGGACAACUACAUUCUCAAGCGUAGGUCUCGUGAUCGAAUAGGGGGUCUCGGUUAUCUAGCUGUGGUUUGUCCGAUACCAGCUAGAUUUGCUAGAUAAGUUCAUUGAAUUUAGACAAAGUUCAUCAAUCGCCCUUGUGGAAGUGCGUCAAUGUCGUUAUGCGACGAGUUUGCCACUGAACGAACAAUCAAAUUGAAAUGAUUUCAUUUCGCUGAUUGAAAUUGAGGGAGUCAGAUAAAACCCAAUCAAUUUCGACGAGAGUGGAGUGAUUGUGGAUGCAUUUUAUAUUUUAAAAAUAUUAAAGCUUCCUACAGUCGUUUUCUACGCACGGGAGAACGAUUCAAAUGGGAUUUGAUACUGGUUCUGUCGUGGCUAUUUGGCCAUAAUUCUGAAUAUCUAGAGAUGAAUGUUUAUAUGAUUAUUGAAGAGUCUCGUGUUUCUAUUUGGUUAAUAUUUCUUUACUUUACAAAGCACAUAAAGAAAGCCGUGAAAGUUUCUAUAAACGGAAAAUUAUCUUCUAUCAUUAUAUGCUUUACAGUCGUGUAUAUUUAACCAAAAUCAACCGAACCUUUUCUAUCAACCUAUCAAUCCAUAUCGAUGGUUAGUACUUGCUGUAAGAUAUUGUUGCUCACCUGCGGAUACUUGUUGGAUAUUGACGACUUUGGCGCGUUGUUAUCAAUUUUGUUGGGAAGAAGACAACAGAAAGAAAACAACACAGUCACGUUGUUAGAUUUUCGGUGUGUUUUUAUUUAAAAAAAAACAGUUUCGGUUCACUCGUCUGUCGUUCGUGACUGUUUAAUUCAAUCCCAAGUUUUAAAGAACCCGUGGUUAGCUGAUGUCACCUGGUUGUUUCUCACAACCCGUUGCAGUUGGUUGUUGUUCGUUCAGUGUCUCACCAACGUACCUGACGAGUAGUAGCGCCAUAUCGUAAAGGUCUCGUGACCUACCACAAAUUCUGUCGAGCUGCAUUUGUGAGACUGUACAGUGUGUGAGGACUCGUCUAAAGUGUGCUCUUAGAAGUUGCAUCCUACAGUAGUACAAUGUCGGAAGAAUAUAACGGGUCGAAAAAGUAUCCAAUUGCAUCGAAAACACGUAAAACGAAGCUUGCAUUCCUCUCCGGUGUGCGAAGUCAUUAUGAGAAGAAGGAAAAGGAUGCUUCAAUCGCCAAGGAACCACGCGUUAACCUCUCGGUUCCGGGUACACCGGUUUGUUCGCGGUAUCUGCGAAAACUUUCGGGCCAAUUGAUAGAUCCAAGUGAUGAGAAUGAUAAUAAAAAUGGUCCGGUAGUGAACGAGCUCAUCAUUAGCAGCCUCGUGUUGGAUAAGUUCCUGAAGGAUAUGGAUAAACUGUCGGUAGAUAAGGAAAAUGUAAUACAACCUCCUGUGCAGCAGCAGCAGCAGCAGCAGCAGACGCAACAGAAGCCGAAACCCGGUAACGUCCAUGAAACGACCGAAGAAUUCUUUAUCAAGUCGGAGGAACGGAAAGCCUAUCAUCGCACAUUUUCGGAAGCAGUGGGAAUCGUUGGAAACGCACCAGUAAUCGAGAAAAACCCGGUGGUAAAGAAGUAUUUCGAAGAGUCAGCUAGUCAGCAAACUUAUCGACGAGACUUUUCCGACGCGUAUGGUGAACUGGUUGAACCAGAUCCAAUCGUUCCGGUCGAUACGAAAUCAAAAUUGAAGAAGAAGAAUACGAAGAAAUCCAGCUCAAAACUGACGAAGCCUAGUGACACGCAACCAACGAAACUCAUCAGCGACUCGUCGGACGAUGAACGGUCGGAAGAGGAUAGCAGUGAGUUCCUGCAGGAAUUGGAACGGUUGAAGGAGUCCAAGAGAAGCCUCGAGGAAAAGAUACUCGCAUACCAGACAAAGACGGUGACGGACGUGGCUCAGGAGGCGGUAGGUGCUUCGAAAGGCAAAAGCACGCAACAGUUCUUUGAAGAAUCGGAACAGGCAAAAACGUAUCGGCGGACAUUCUCGCAGGCAGUGCAAACAUUACCCGCUGGCGCCGGCGAUGUACGCGAUCCGGCAGUACUGCAGUACUUCAACGAAUCUGCCACACGUCAAACGUACAAAAGAGAAUUUUCCGAAGUGUACAACGAGUAUGAACCAGCUCCGGUAACGUCGCCUAACUUCAAGCCAACGGUGCCAGGAACUCCGAUUAGCUCCAGGCAGCUGCAGAAAUUAAAAAAGAACGCCGACACGAAUCCCAUCGUCACCGACCAACAGCAAGCCCCAGCCGCUUCAGAAAAAUCCACAUCCUUCACGGAGGAGUUGGAAGCGUUCAACAGAGAGCUAGAAAAUCUGCAACAAACCAAACCAUCGGUAACUGUUCCGCCCACGGAGCCAACCCUUCCGGUAGCUACGGAUUUCUGCGUAGACAGCUACCUCAACACGUCGAGCCAGAAGCAAACGUACAGCCGGUCCUUCUCCGAGGCAGCGCAAUCGUUUACCCAAUCGGAAGUGAAAAGUCCGGCCGUUCGUUCGUUUUUUGAAGACUCUUCCCGCAAGGGCACUCUCCGUCGAGAUUUCUCCGAGGCGUACCAAGAGGUAGAGGUACUAGCGUCUUCCGCACAAACAGCUGAUGUAACAGCGAAAAAGCAGACAACCGAUGUAUCAUAUGACCGGGAUCAAGAUAACAGAUCCAUUACACGCCCCGCUGAUGUUGAUGAUAACCCAUCCAACAUUUCCCUAGCGAGCACUGGACCCAUUUCCAUUCCAGGCACGCCAAUCAGCUCGAAGAAAUUGGCUGCCUUUCGGCGUAGCACCAGUGUGGAAGCCGCGGGCAAGACAAAUGAAGUGACGACCACCGUACCAGUAGCAACCCAAGGAGGCCUUCCGGUGAUGACAAGGGUUCCACUGACGCCGCAGCUUGAUGUUUCAGUGCCAAACCAGCCGACCACGAUGAUGACGACAAUCCCGGAAGCCUGAUCCACCGACCGACACCUGCUGUAGCGACUGAUAAUGGGAAGGACGAAAAUGUUACCGAGAAGGAAGCGAAACAGUUAAAGAGCGCAGCUGAAUCCGUAGAGCUGGACAGAGAGUUCUGGAAGAAGUUUGGC